AUGCAGUAUAAUUAUCGCUUUUUUACCUCUUUUAGAAAUGUAGACUGCGAGUAAUAAUCAAACUAAUCUGUUCCUAGGAUUUAUUUUGAUCUAAAAGCUUAGAUUAAGUGGCAAAAUGGAUAUGAUACAUGAUUUAUCCUUAAGCAAUGAGUCGUUGUUAUGCUGCCGCGCCUGCCUCGCGACAGACGCGAGACUUUACAACAUCCAUGAAUAUAGACUCGCCGAAGCCUUUUACCGCGUCUCAGGGACUUUUGUUUACAAGGAUGGGCCACAGCACCUGUGCAGCUUUUGUAGCGCGCAGCUGCUGCGCUGCGAGUCCUUCCGCACCAAGUGCUUCCGCGCCCAGCUGUGCCUCAACUCCAAGGAGCAUCAGGGCGAGCUGGACACAGACUACAUCCGCACGAUAGAUCGCGCAUCACACAAGCUCCUCCCAAACCUGACCAUCAACCCGGUACAAACUGUCGAAUGCAUCGACGUCAAACCCCCAGAAGACAUCAAGAAUGAACCCGACAUUGACAUCACAGAUCACAGCAAGAAAACCGACUUCAAAAUAGAAGUCGAGAUCGAUGAGGAUAAAUUGGAACAAGUGUUUGUUGUUACUGACAUUGAUGAUAAUAACAGUAAUAAAAGAAAAAGAAAAACUGGAAAGAAAAAGAUUAAAAAAGAAAUUCAUGAUGAUGAUGUAGAUUUUGAUGAUGGUGUAGACAACGUGGACAUUGAUGAUGAUAAUGAUGAUAUAAGCUUAGAAAAUAUAGCUAAAAACCUGAAGAAGGGGAAAGUGAAAGCUAAAGCUAAGAAGGUAAUUAAGAAGAAAGAAAAGCCGGUGAAAGUUAAGCAGGUUAAGGAAAAGCCGGUGAAAGAGUUGAAGAUUAAGAGGAGGAAUCCGGCUAACGGGUAUUUGCCGGAGUUUGCGAUGGCCGCGUUUGAGAACUUGUAUUCUGUUCAUGUCGUCACUUUAAGCAAGGAAGAGCAGCUGGAAGAGAUCGCAACACGGAAGAAGUCCCGGAACUACCUGGACUCGCCGUUCAAGUGCGAGGACUGCGGGAAAGGGUUCGGCGUGGAGUCCGCCUACAACAACCACCGAGUUUGGCAUAGCCCGAGCAAAGGUCCGUACUCCUGUGAGAUCUGCGCUUCGUACUACACGCGCCACCGGCUCUACAUACACCAGAAGCGGCACCGACUGAAGUACAUUUGCAAUGAGUGCAACUUCGUCUCCAGACACAAGUCACAAGCGAUCAGGCACCACGCCACGCACACCGGCAAGACCUACGAGUGCCCACACUGCUUGAAGAGCUUCAUAAAGAGCACUUCGUGCUCGAACCACAUGCGUCAAGCGCACCCCGAGCUGAAUGUAGACUGCGUCGACUGUGGCGAGACGUUCGUCAGCGACGCCGGCCUCAGGCUACACAAGAAACGGAUACAUCACUUGAAAUCGCAAAAGUUCCCGUGCACUAUUUGCACAGCCAAGUUCAAUAGUGUCUCGGCGCUGAACAGACACACGGACACGGCCGGCGAGCACGGAGCCCUGCGGCCGUGCGAGCAGUGCGGCGAGAACUGUGCGAGCGAGCAAGCGCUACAGGAACAUGUUGGGGUGGCACAUCCCACUGAGUCGCAUCUUUGUGAUGUGUGCAACGUGGCAUUCUCAAAUGCGGCGGCGUUGGCGACGCACAACCUCCGCAAGCACCUCGGCCAGCGAUACAGCCAGGCUCCCCGCCCAGAUCAAUACAAGAAGGGGUAUAGGGCUUACAAGAGAAGGCCUAAACCAUGUAUGUGCGAGCAGUGCGGCGCUAUUGUGCCGAACCCGUCAAACCUCGCGAACCACAUGAGCACACACCUCGGCGUGAAGCCGUACGUCUGUCCACAUUGCCCGAAGACAUUCGGCUGGAUACAUAAUCUAAGAAAACAUUUGCGCGUACACAGCGGCGAGAAGCCCCACCAGUGCCCCGAGUGCCCGCUCGCAUUCAGCUCGAAGUCUAACUACAACCGACAUUACAACACUGCACAUCUAGGCAUUCGCGGCUCGUUUCCGUGUCCGGUGUGCGGGCGCGCGUCCACCACCAAGGCCUCUCUGGACGUGCACGUGCGCGCCGUGCACGGCGACGCCGGCUGGCCCAAGCGGGCCCGCAGCACACGCAACAAAAACACGCAGCUAGAUGAUCAAUGA